ACCUGUGGAAAGUUGAGUUAGAGAGUUUUGUUUCUUGUGGAGACGUUACAGAAAUACUUUGAUUUGCGUGUCUGUUUAUCAUUCUUCUGAUUUGUAUCCCUUACAAGCAGUAGCUGCUUCACUUUCUGAAUAGUGUACUGCAUCAUGAAAUUGGAGGUGCCAAAAAGUUUUGAAGAUGUUGCUGUUGAAUUUUCAUGGGAAGAGUGGGAGAUGCUGAGUAAAAGAGAGAAGAAACUACACCGGGAAGUGAUGGUGCAGAACUUCGAUCACAUGAUAGAUGUUGGAUAUAACAUCCCAGUGGACCACCUUUGGUCAUUUAUUUUUAAAGAUAAGAUGCUUCCAUCUGAGAAUGGUGACGUAGGAAGGAAUAUGCAGCAAAACCAACUUCCUGGCAACAGAAUUAGCAUCAACAGGGAUGCAGAGUACUCCGAGAUCAAGAGUCUACCGCAGGAUGAUGAAUUUAAUAAAGCUCUCUCAGAUAAGAUGUCAGUCACAAGGGAAACUGCAGUGCAUUCUGAAACCAGACACAACUGCAAGGAAAUUAAUGAUGGGUUUAUCAAAAAAAACAAAAUAGAAAGGCAUCUACAAACACCCAUGGAAAUGGCAUUUAGUCAGCUUAAUCACAACAACAGUGUAAAAUUCAAUAUUAAUGAUUUAACUGAUCAAUUAAGUCACAGUGGGAAAAGACAAAAGAAUACAAUGGCAUUACAUGAACAGAUAUGCAAUAAAAAGAAGCUUUACAAAUGUGUCACAUGUGGCAAGAGUUUUACAAGAAGAAAGACUUUAGUAGUACAUUUGAUAAUGCACACUGCUCAGAAGCCCUACAAAUGUACCAUGUGUGACAAGAGUUUUACACAAAGAAGUCAUAUAAUAUCUCAUCAAAGGACCCACAGUGGACAGAAAAACUACAAAUGUGCCACAUGUGGUAAGAGUUUUAGGAGGAGGAGUCAUAUGCAUAGGCAUCAGAAUACACACACGGGACAGAAACCGUAUAAAUGCACCAUGUGUGACAAGAGUUUUGCACAGAAGAAUCAGAUGAUAAGUCAUCAGAGUAUCCACACACGACAGAAAAACUAUAAAUGUUCCACAUGUGGUAAGAGUUUUAGGUACAAGAGUAAUAUGUAUAUGCAUCAGAAUAUACACAUGGGGCAGAAACCCUAUAAAUGUGCCAUGUGUAAUAAGAGAUUUGCACAGAAGAGUCAGAUGGUAAGUCAUCAGAGUAUCCACACAGGACAGAAAAACUACAAAUGUGCCAUGUGUGGUAAAAGUUUUAGGGACAAGAGUAAUAUGUAUAGGCAUCAGAAUACACACACAGGGCAGAAACCCUAUAAGUGCACCAUUUGUGACAAGACUUUUACACGGAAAGAUCACAUAGUAAAACACCAGCAUAUACACACUGGAGAGAAUGCCUAUAAAUGCACCAUUUGUGACAAGAGUUUUGUACAGAAGAAUCAGAUGGUAAGUCAUCAAAGUACCCACAUGGAACAGAAAAACUACAAAUGUGCCACAUGUGGUAAGAGUUUUAGAAAGAAGAGUCAUAUACAUAGGCAUCAGAAUACACACAUGGGACAGAAACCCUAUAAGUGCACCAUGUGUGACAAGACUUUUACAUUGAAGGGUAACAUGGUAAAACACCAACAUAUACACACUGGAGAAAAGCCCUAUAAAUGUACCAUGUGUGACAAAAGUUUUACACAGAAGUGUAGUAUGAAGCGUCAUCAGAAUAUCCACACUGGCCAUGUGGAAAAAGCAUAAAUAUAGUUGCAAAUAUAGAAACCUUCUGGAAGAACCUCAUGUUGAUCAGGA